GUGGGGAGGCCGCGUUUCCUUUAAGUAGGAGGUGGGCUAGGUGGCCCAGAAGGUGUCAUCUUUGCUAAGUCUGCUUCCUCUGCUGUGGGUUCUGCAUUCAUCCACCACCAUGAAUCCUAUCCAGGAGGGGCGAAUUGUGAUUGUUGGCAGCACUCCCUAGAUGUGAUGGAAUUGCGACUUCCAGAACUGCUAACCAGCAUGGCAUAUGAUUGGAAAAGGAAUGCGGUCUCAUUGGGAGCAGCUGGGCUAUGGUUUUUGCAUCUGGUGGAUUUCAAGUAAAACUUUAUGAUGCUGUAGAAGAACAGGUUUCAAAAAGUUUGAAAAAAAUUGGUGAAUUAAUGAAAGAACUCGAAACAGCUGGAAUGCUGAAAGGCUCCCUUAAAGCUGACCAGCAGAUCACUCUCAUUAGUGGUUGCACAGAUUUAAAAGAAGCAGUUAAAGAUGCCAUUUAUAUUCAGGAGUGUACACCUGAGAAUUUAGAACUGAAAAAGAAGAUCUUUUCCCAGUUAGAUCUAAUAGUCAGUGAUGAUGCUAUCCUAGGUAGUUCAACCUCCACGCUGUUGCCUACAAAAUUAUUCACUGGAUUGAAGCAUGUGAAGCAGUGUAUAGUUGCGCAUCCUGUAAAUCCACCAUAUUAUGUACCUCUUGUUGAAUUAGUUCCUCAUCCAGAAACAGAUCCUUCUACAGUGGAGAAAACCUAUGCUUUGAUGAAGAAUAUAGGACAGUCACCAGUUAAAUUAACAAGAGAGAUAGAUGGAUUUGUUUUGAACCGACUUCAGUACGCUAUUAUUGGUGAAACGUGGAGACUCAUUGGGGAUGGAAUAAUAUCACCAGAUGAUCUAGACCUUGUGAUGUCUGAUGGCUUGGGAAUGCGGUAUGCUUUUAUUGGACCUCUGGAAACAAUGCAUCUAAAUGCAGAAGGAAUGCUGAACUAUUGCGAUAGAUACCGUGAAGGUAUUAUCCGUGUCUUGAAAACCGUUGGACCAGUACCAGAUUUUGCUGGGGAAACAGAACAGAAAAUCAAUGAGGCAAUGAUUAAAACAACUCCAAGUGACCCAGAGCACCUAAAUGCCAGGAGGCAGUGGAGAGAUGAAUGCCUCAUGCACCUGGCCAAACUGAAAAAGGAUAUUAAACCAGAUGACAUGAACCAUCUUUAAAUCACAGUGAGAGGCAUCAUCAAGUUGGCAUUCAAAAGGACACCUCCCAAAUAUUAAAUCAUGGAAGUCAUGAUUAUAAAUGCAAAAGCCAGUUGAACCACUUAGUCAAUUAAUUAAGGCUGGAACAUUUUUACCUGAAACUAGUUCUAAAUGACAUUUUAAAGCCACAGUCUUAAACCCAUUGGUUGAGAUGCUUGCAUUUUGUGGGAGUGCUGCAUAGAAAUGUAUUUGAAAGUUAUUUGUAAUUUCCAACUUUGGAACAAUUGGUAGGCAAAGCAAAAUUCAUUGUAAGUAAGAUGAACACAGGAAUUUCACAAACUUCAUUGCCCCUGGGCCUUCAUAAUUAAAAAUAUUUUUUAAUAUAUCAUUCCUUGGUUCGUAUCACUCUUAAACAACAAUGUAGCAGAGAACAGCACUAAUAUUUAAAACUAAUCUUUUAAAGCCUUGCUUGUGAUUUAGUCCAAGCAUCAUUAUCUUCUGCAUGAAUGUAACUAUGUUAGUGAUGAGGGCAAGGAAAGAAAAUGCUUGUUCUUCUGAGCUGCAUUCUCUUCUGUUCAUCUUUCUAUGGCCAAGAUAAGCCAUGACAUCCAAGGGUGUACUUAUUCUGAUCGUAACCAAAUAGACUUCCAAUAUAAUUUUAUAUGAAUGGGACUUAAUUCAGAUAACUGUG